UCCUCCGAUCUCCUCUCCCCCCCUUAUCCGCCUGCCUCUUCAGCAUCCCCCCGAUCUCCGCCAUUUAACGGGGAGCGGCGGCAGAGAUCUCUGAUUAAUGCAGAGAUUCCGUGAUCGAGCUCAGCAUCCCCGUCCCCAAACUUCUGCCAGCUCGCUCGAGCUUGCGGUGUGAUCUGGGAUGGCAAUGCAGGAGGCAGGUACGACUUCUGCUCCUACUGCUCGAGUUGUUGGCAAUGCCUUUGUGGAGCAGUAUUACCACAUACUUCACCAGUCCCCAGGACUGGUGCACAGAUUUUACCAAGAUUCAAGUUUGCUAAGUCGACCAGAUGCUGGUGGUGAAAUGACUACCGUGACUACAACGCAACAGGCAAUUAAUGAAAAGAUACUAUCCUUGAACUACGAAGAUUUCACAGCAGAGAUAAAAACUGCUGAUGCUCAGGAGUCUCAUGGGAGAGGAGUGAUUGUUCUGGUAACUGGUUGCUUAACUGGGAAGGAUGGUGUGAGAAGGAAUUUCACUCAGACGUUCUUUCUAGCUCCUCAAGAAAAAGGAUACUUCGUUCUGAAUGAUGUUUUUAGGUAUCUUGGGGAGAAUGAAUCAGAACCCAUCAACCCCAUCCCAUCUAAUGGUAUCAGUGACAGUAUACCGGCACCUGCCUCGACUCCUGAACCAGAGCCCCCGACUGCACCUGAUCAACCAGCAGUGGAACCAGCAACAUCCUUUGAGGAGGAAGAUCUUAGUAAUGGUCCUGAAAUUUGUGAUCUUACUGGAAAUGAAGAAUCUGUUGUUGAAGACGAGGCUGUAGAACCCCAAACCCUUUCUCUUGACACAGCACCUGCAAAUGAGGAGGAUGCUCCUAAAAAGUCUUACGCAUCGAUAUUGAAGGUAAUGCAAGGAAAUGUUGUGCCUCAUAAAGUUCAUGCACCAUCUAGCACAGCGAAGGCUUCUCCCACAAAGGAUACCCCACAAUUACUUGCAAAGCCUCCUGCUCCUGCGCCAUCAGGCCCUAGCAUUGAUGUUGUUCCAGAGAGCAGCACUGCUCCAGAAGGUGAAGGUCAUUCCAUAUAUGUAAAGAACUUGCCUUAUGAUGCAACUUUUGAACUACUUGAAGAAGUGUUCAAGAAAUUUGGACCCAUCAAGGCCGAAGGCAUUCAAGUUAGGAGCACCAAGCAGGGGUCGUGUUUUGGUUUUGUUGAGUUUGAAAAUCAGGGUUCCAUGCAGAGUGCACUAGAGGCAUCGCCGAUACUGAUUGGGGAUCGUCUAGCAUUGGUCGAAGAGAAGAGAGCCAACAACCGAGUUAUGAGCAGUGGAAGAGGGAGGUUUUCUUCUGGAAGAGGUGGGUUCAGGAAUGAGAACUUCAGGGGCCGUGGAGGUUUUGGUGGAGGUCGGGGCUAUGGGAGAAGUGAAUUCAGAAGUCACGGCGAAUUUUCGGCUCGUCCUAGGGCCCCUAUGGGACGAGGCGGAGAAGGUUAUCAACGAGGAGCCUAUCAGAAUGGGAGCGGAAGAGGCGGACGUGGUGGAGGCGGGAACCGUGGGCCCAUUCCCGCCUAAACGGAUAAACUAUAGCAGAAGAUUAGUAGCAGGCAAGCAAUUUUGAUAGUGUAGAGGUUUUCUCCGCAUAAACGCAUCUCUUCGCGGGGUAUAAGCAUGCCUUAUUUCGGUCACCAGUUCUUUUUGUCAUAAAGCAUGCUUAACGUGAAAAAGAUAAAAAAAAAAUGCGAUACCUGUUCCAUUUAUUUAGUCUCUUCACCCCUUUCUGUUAUAGGGAAUGCGGGUAGCACGAACAGGCACCAUCUUUGGUUUCCUCUGCCCCAUUCUGUUAACUUAUCAGUCUUUUAUUUUAGAUUGGAGAGGGUGGUUCAUUUUCUCAUAAUGUUUCCGGUAACACGGUGAAUGUACUGCUUCAUUUUUUAUUUUUUUUUUCCCGAUGACAUUGUCGUGAAGAGGUGUAGUACUUUAGUUUCCGUGGUUGAUGAUUUGAUUGUGUAUGUGCCCUGACUAAUUGAGAAUUGUGACUUAUUGGUUUUAUUAUGGGAAAUCGGCAUUUCUGGCUCCUGA